AAUUGUUCCGAGUAUAUGAAUGGCAAUUAAUGUAGAAAAAGAAAAGACGUAUUUUUAGAUUUCGAUUAUCAAAAGUGACGCUAAAACUUUUUCAUUUAUUGCUUGCCUGACGAGUGUUGUAUUUUGUUAAGACUGUGAAAUUAUGGUUCUAUACUUAAAAUAAUUAAGUAAACGUAAACAUGAAUAAAGUAACCAAAUUGAACCCGUCGAUCGACAUCAUUCCACUUCAAGGAUCCAGUGAUGAUAGCCGAUUUAAAUCAGUGAACAAUCGAAGAUCAUUUAAUUCAAAUUCUAUUUAUGGAGAUCCCAUGAUUAUGGAUAGGGUACAAAUGUAUCUGUAUGAAAAUGAAGACAAAGUUUAUGUAGACAUUAAUAAAAUGUCUGAUAGCAUCCAAAAGAAAUACAGGGAAUAUCGUAACAGAAAACGAGGUCCAUUCAGAGAAAUGGUACGUAAGGCGUACGAUGCUGUUAAUGAGAGUUUAGCUUCAAGGACACAAUGGAAAGAAGACGAUGAUGUUGAACUGUAUGAUUCUCAAAACGAUCAAGAUGAACUUUUGAGAAUGUAUAAAAGAAGUAUGAAUUCAAAAAAUGGAAAUACUAGUGACAAAGAGCUAAUUGAUAUUAGCAGUGAUGACGACAAAAUCAAUGAAUUGUCUAUGAAUAAGGACACUGAAGUAUUUGAAAUAAACAAAAGGCCCCGCAAAAGAUCUUUAUAUCAGGGUACAAAUUCCAAUGAACAGCCGAGUGAUCAAACAAACUUCUAUUCUUCGGAGAUUUAUCCAGAAAAAACAGCGGAACGUUCAACGGAUAAACAAGAGAGAAAACGACAGAAACGAAAUGAUGGCAGUGUAUUAUAUAGUACUGUUGCACGAAAAAGAGUUGAUGUUUCGGUUGCUGAUCAUAAAGUAACAUUUGCAAAUGUUGGCGGUGCAACUAAAGUUAUUGAAUCAAUCACCAAAUUAUUGGUUCACAUGAAGCAUCCAGAAAUAUUUCAACAACUAGGCAUUUCCCCGCCAAGGGGAUUUUUACUUUAUGGACCUCCCGGAUGUGGAAAGACAUUGUUGGCCUAUGCAAUUGCAGGGGAAUUAAACGUGCCUCUAUUGAAAAUUGCCGGUCCAGAACUCGUUGCUGGUGUUUCUGGUGAAAGUGAAGCGAGAAUUCGUGAAUUAUUCGAUCAAGCUCUCGCAUUAUCUCCCUGCGUUCUCUUUUUAGAUGAAAUAGACGCACUUGCACCACAUAGAGCUAAUGCUUCAAAGGAAAUGGAACGUCGUAUUGUUUCACAAUUGUUGGCAUGUCUCGAUGAUUUGGGUAAAAAAGAAAAUGGAAAUAGAGUUUUAAUUAUUGGAGCUACAAAUCGACCGGAUGCAUUGGAUCCUGCGUUGAGAAGAGCUGGUCGUUUUGAUCGUGAAGUUGCACUCGGCAUUCCCGAUAAAGAAUCAAGAAAACAAAUUUUAGCUGUUCAUACAGCCAAAGUGAAACUCUCACCAAGUGUUGAUUUAAAUCGACUAGCUUCUUUGACACCAGGUUUUGUUGGCGCAGAUCUAGUCGCUUUAAUCAGAGAAGCUUCAAUGGUUGCAAUAAACAGAUUGUUUGCCGAAUUGAAAAAUAAUAGAACCAAUAAAGACGAUAAAAUAACAGUGAAUGUCGAUGAAGAUAAAAGUAUGGACAUCGAGGUAACGGAAAUAAUAACCGAAGAAAUUAAUUUAGAGCAAGACGAUGUAAAGAAAUCAGAUAAAAAUGACGAGAAAGAAAAAACAAAGGAAAAAGAUGAUGAUGAUGAUGAUGAUGAAAUUAUAACUGAAGAACCGGAAAAGGAGAAAGAAAUGGAAAAAGAAAAUGUAAAAGAAAAGGAGAAGGAAAAAGAAAAGGAAACAGAAAAUCCUGAAAUUGAGGAAGUUACACUGGAAGUAGAUUCUUCGAAGAAUACAACAACAACAAAUGAUGAAAAAACAAUAACUCCUACAAAUGAGAAAAAAAUUCCAAAUGAAGAAACUGGUGAAUUAAGUACAUCGGAAAUAUUUUUGGAAAAUGGUGAUAUGGAAAUGGAUAAACCAACAACGCCGGAACAAAGAUCAGAAAUAGAACUUUUAAAUUGGCUUCAUAAUGAGCCACCAGUUUCGUCGAAAAAUUUAGAAACAUUGUUUAUUGAGCACACGGAUUUUGAGGCAGCUAUUAAAGUUGUUCAACCUUCUUCGAAGAGAGAGGGAUUUGCUACUGUUCCCGAUAUCACAUGGGAAGAUGUUGGUUCUCUACAGGAUAUUCGACAAGAGUUACAAAUGUCAAUAUUGGCACCUAUUAAACAAGCAAAAGAAUGCGAAUUACUUGGCUUGUCAGCACCCAGCGGUGUAUUAUUAUGCGGUCCACCAGGUUGUGGAAAAACUUUAUUAGCAAAAGCAAUUGCCAAUGAAGCAGAAAUUAAUUUUAUUUCCGUCAAAGGACCCGAAUUAUUAAACAUGUAUGUCGGUGAAAGUGAAAAGGCAGUACGACAAUGUUUCUUAAGAGCACGAAACUCAGAACCUUGUGUUAUUUUCUUUGAUGAAAUUGAUGCACUAUGUCCAAAACGAACGGAAGGUGAUAAUUCCUCAACAUCGAGAGUAGUCAAUCAAAUGUUAACUGAAAUGGAUGGAAUUGAGGGAAGAAAAGGAGUUUUUGUUAUGGCUGCCAGUAAUCGACCGGAUAUUAUUGACCCGGCUAUUUUAAGGCCCGGACGUUUAGACAAAAUAUUAUACGUAGGAUUACCAUCAACUUCUGACAGAGUGGAUAUUUUACGAGCCGUAACCAAGAAUGGAACAAAACCAAAAUUAGCAGCAGACGUUAAUCUAUUCCAAAUAGCUCAGGACAGUCGAUGUGAAAGAUAUACUGGAGCUGAUUUGGCUGCUUUAAUGCGUGAAGCUGGUAUUCAAGCUUUAACAGAAAUAAUGACAAAUCCUUCGACAGUUCCUGAAGUUUGUCAAAGGCAUGUGAAUAUUGCUUUCACUAAAGUAAUGCCCUCGGUUCAAGAAAAUGAUAUUCAACGUUAUGAAAAAUUAAAAUCAAGAUAUGCUGUCACACUUAGUCACAUGGACGAUACUCCAAUGGAUAUUCCUGUUGAUUCAUUAAAUGAAAAUUCGUGGAAGCCAUGGAGACCAGAAAGGAAGUAAUUUCAGAAAAAAAAAAAGAAAAAGAAUUCUCUUUUCCAUUCAAAGGCUACCAUCCUUUGAAAUUAAUAAAUUUCUUUGACAUUGAUAAAAAAAAAAAAAAAAAAUACAAAAUACUUUUCAUCUCUAAAAGAGUUUCUAUAUAUUAGAUUAUUUUUAUUGUUGUAAUUUUUAAGUGAAAUUGAUUAAAAUAAUACAUUUUUUUUUUGUUUUUCUUUUGUUAAACUCUGUUCAUCUUUGAGACAAUAGUUUUAAAGGAUUUUUCACUUUUAAAACUAAUUAAAAAAAUAAAAAGAAAAUAAAUAAUGUGAUGAUAAUAAUAUGGUUCUCAUUGUAAUUUUUCAUUAAAACAGCCUCCAUGAGCAAAAAGAAAAAAAAAAAAAAAAAAAAUCACUUGAUUAAAAGGAUGGUAGAGCUGGUAUUUAAAUUAUGAUUAAGUCACUGUAUAAUGUUUGUAAGUCAUUUAAGCCUACAUUUUAAGCACAUUUUUAAAAAAAAUUUUUUCACACCUGCAAUGAUUCUCUUUUUGAAAGUAUAAUUAAACAACAACAAAAAGUAUUCAUCAAGUUCUUGUAAACAUUUUUCCAUUUAGUUUUACAUAAAGAAUAUAAUUAUCAUUUAUAGAUUCAAUAAUUUUUCGUUAAUCGAAAUAUAGAUUUAAAAAAAAAAAAAAAAAGAACCUUGCACAUUAGCAGCAAAAAAAUGGUAUAAUAAAACAAUUUGAAAAAAGUUUAUGACAAUUUUUCCCUAAUAAAAUUUUUUUUUCCUUUUUUUGUUAAUUAUUAGGAAUAAGAAAUUGUUAAAAAUGAUUAAAAAUUCGAAUUUUUUUUUCCUUAUAGAUUAAAUUCAGUUUAUAUAUCGAAAAUUUAGAGUGAAAAAUUGCACGUGUCAAAAAAUACAUCGAAAAUAAUAAUUGCUUCGUAAUUUUCUUUAUCAAAAAGCAUGUGUAAAAGAAAAAGAAA